UCUAUGAUAAGUCAAUAUAAAGCUAGAGCUCUUCUCCGUGUGCAACUCAGAUUAUCCACCACCGCUAUCUCACCAGUCCACAUUCAAUUCACUAUCUUUGCCAUCGGUUUUCCGUUGCAUCACAUCUUGCUUUAAGCCGCUUACUACAUCUCCCACGGCAUUCCUUCAUAGCUUCGAAAUGUCUUCCAAAAUUCUCAUCGCCUUAGCCAGCAUUGUUUCUCUUGCUGCGUCUUUGCCCCAUACGCCUCGCGAAUGCUCCCAAGCCUUGACAACAGGUUUAGUUGCCAACCCUCAACACUUCAAUAUUUAUCAAUCCGCCUCCCAACCAAACCACCCCACAGACAACGUUCCGCAUCUUGACCUCCACACCAACAUUACCCGCCAGGUCGUCAUUUUCAACGGUAUUCCGCCCUCGGCCACCACUUGCACUCUCGGUUGGCGACAGGGCCCGAUCGAGACCCGCGUCUUCCGUGUCGAUGGCAAUGGCCUCGUCUCCUCGCGCCAACUCAAGACCGAGGGAUUCCCGACAUGGACUACUGGAAGCGACAUACUGAUCAACCCCACGACCAUCGCGCCUUUCCAGGAAGGCAGCGAGUUCUCCGCGGGCAUGGAUUUCACAUUUUGGGACCAGCCCGAUUUCUCCGCCCCGGCGACGCAUGGCGGCCCGAGAGUCGAGUGCCAGGAGAGGAUUGUCGUGGAGCUUGCGGUCAACCUUAACAACGGACAAGAUGGUCGCGUCUUCAUGCAGGAUGAUGCCGAGAAUGGCCUGUAUAUUUCUUACUCUUAGAGAGUGUUGCAUCAGAUGGCUUCGGCGUCAUGGAGCUGUAGUAGACUUUGAUUGACGGAUGGAAUGGAGACGUGGGGUUUAUCUUAUUAUGCAGCAUUGCAUGGACAUAUUAUUAUUGCGUCAAAAGUAAUUACUGUAAAGUUGUUCUUUUUUGGAAUGUUUUCAACUGUUCUGACUUGGGUUUUUGCCAAGGAUAAGGUAAUGAUGGUGGUAUACUCAUGUCUUCAGACUCAUUUUCCGUACAUCUAUGAAAUAAGUAGCAUAAACACACCAUGGGGCAUCGCUUUAGAAUUCUUGAUAGUAACUCUCCCAUGACGACCUCUUCCGCAAUGCUUACCUUGAUAGACAAUU